AAACAGAAGGGGAAAAAAGAAGAUUUGCCACAUUGAUUGAAUUUUUUAAGACCAACUAUUACUGGCUCAGGAGAAAAAUGUGUGCAAAUCUUAAAAUGACUCUCUUCCAUGUGCAUUUAUAUUUUACUGGCUCCAUCUUCUGGGUGAUACAGAAAUCAAACUCUUUCAUGCUGCCCAAUGCUACUGGACUCCUUUACCCACCCAGGAGCACUGAGGCAGGUCUGGCAUCUAGCCUUGGAAUACCAAGGACUCGCAGGAAGCGCUAUAUUUCUCCAAGGGAUGUGAGCACACUUUUGGACUACCACAAUCAAGUACGGGCACAGGUGUCUCCACCUGCUGCCAACAUGGAGUAUAUGGUGUGGGAUGAAAGGCUUGCCAGAUCUGCUGAAGCAUGGGCAAAGCAGUGUAUAUGGGAACAUGGACCUCCACAUCUGAUGAAAUACAUUGGUCAAAACCUUGCCAUUCAAUCUGGCAGGUAUCAUUCAGCUGUGGACCUUGUGAAAUCCUGGUAUUAUGAGAAGCAGCACUACUCCUUUCCUUAUCCAUAUGAAUGCAAGCCUAGCUGCCCUUCCAAAUGUAGCGGUUCUGUCUGCAGCCAUUACACUCAGAUGGUGUGGGCUUCUAGCAACAGAAUUGGUUGUGCCAUCCACACCUGCAACAACAUGAAUGUGUGGGGCAGCACAUGGCGAAGAGCUGUCUACUUAGUGUGCAACUAUGCUGUCAAGGGAAACUGGAUAGGAGAAGCACCUUACAAAAUGGGGAGACCUUGCUCAGCCUGCCCACCUAGUUAUGGAGGUACCUGCAGCAAUAACAUGUGUUACUCUGGACUCAGAUCCAAUAGAGUGAGCUGGUUCUGAACAUGACAGAUUCAUGAUGAGCUCUACAACAUGUGGAGAACUUGGGAGUGGGACUCACAACUGAAUAUGGCAGAAGCUGCAUGGCACA